AUCCUCCAUUUGAAUGCCCCGGCCGCACCUGACGAUUUGAUCCGCCAGCAUAGCCGGUCUUUGGAAGACGACUCGUCUUUCCCUCCAGAUCAAAAUAUCCCCAUUCAGGAGCAUGAACCCAGUGGAAAGAGUAAAAAGAAGAAUAAAAAAAAGGCCACCAAGGCCGCCAAAGCAGUAACGGCUUCACCGCCGGAUGAUAUGUAUGUGUCCAUGAUGCACUCUCGUUCCGUUGGACCGAUCUCUUGGAACCAGCUAACUAACUUGGCAUUCAGAACACUUGCAUCGGUGCAUGCAUCUGUACCUGCAUCGGCACCUCCACCGACAGAGCCUCCAUCAUGCCCUGAUCCGUUACUGGAAGAUGAUGUUUCCCCGGACGAUCACCAUGAUCCUGACGAAGGUCAGGCUCGUCCCCUUCGCACCGACACUUGGGCUCAGUCUAUACCUUAUGGAAAGAGCCCUCCCCCUGAUUUGAUUGACGGAGACCUUCCCCAGGACUCGCCACUUAGCUUUCCUACGAUUCAGGAAAGAGGCGGCUUCAGUCAAGCGUCCUCGGCAUCUCCUCCGACUCGAAUUCGACCCUUCAGCUAUGGAGGUGGAUUUCGAAGCAGUAUACAGUCUAGACAGCAAUCAGUAGACCGGCGAAAGAGCCAUUCUUAUGGAAGUCCAAUGAGCAACUUGGCUCCGCCGCCUCAUAUGCCACAACCCCAUUUCUACGCUGUACCCGACUUCGAUCUCCCAACGCAAAACCGCACUACUACAGAGGGUGCUUACUCAUUCUGCGCUUUUGAUACCCUCCCAAGUGUGUCAUCUAAAGCACCACGUGCAGGUAUGAACGUACUGGUGGUAGGAACUGACGGUGGUGUAGAAGUACACGCCGUUGAGGACCGCCAAAUCCGUCUGAUCGGACAAAUCAACGGCCUCAACGGUCGAAUUAUUGAAGCAAAGAUUCUACCGGGCCACUCAUCCAUUGAUCUACAUGCGUCAUCCCAGCCCCAUGUGGCUGUGAUCGUCCAUGGACCACUCCCACGGAGCGAGGAAGGUCCUGUUUCCUCUGCUGCGUCUGAGAUCAAUGAUGCUCCGCCUUCAAUGGCACGGGGCCUCUCCCAUGAUAGACGCUCAGCCAAAGACGAGAAAUCAUUAUACCAGACCCGAGUUGAGGUUUAUUCCCUGCGAGCUGGUGAUCACCUUGCAACGUUAUUUGCAGGUAAACCGGUGCCGGCAUCAGAGAACCUCCCAGGUCUUCCAUCGUUGGCACCACCACCUGUAGGUAGUUUGAAGCUAUUCAGCAGCGGGAACUAUGUCAUUGUUGCCUCCGGAAUCAGCGGUGAGGUUUACAUUUUCAAACAUUCUGCCUCUGGAGCAUAUCAGUGCCUGGGCAAGACUUGGACUAAUGUUCAGACCGGAGAAGCUCGUCGUUACUCCACGUCCUCGAGCUCUACGGAUCCGGAUGGAUCUCACCAUGACCAUCCCCGUAUCUCCAUGUCCGAGAGACCCAUUUUGGCUGUGCAUGGAAGAUGGUUGGCGAUGGUCCCCCCGGCCUCGUCUUACCGUCCAUCGAUUCACGGAACCGUUCCUCCAAGUUUGCUGCAUGGCAAAGUCCAUGGGAUGGAGACUCGUAGCCCACCAACCAUACCGUCAGUCAACUGUGCGACUGACGUUGGCGAAGGGGAGAGUAUCUUUGACAAAUUUGCCAGAGGUGUCACACAGGAGCUGGUCAAAGGUGCCCGCUGGAUGGGCGAUCAGGGCCUCCAAGCGUGGAACAACUACUGGAACCAUUAUCAAGGCAUUGGUACGCCUCCCCAACGACUUGUACGAAGCCCAGACACCCAGGCGCAGGGCUAUGGUCUUUUCCCGCCUACCCAUGCCCAGGACACCCAAACAACCUCGACCCAUGAGCCUGACGCAGUUUCCAUUCUUGACUUGAAGAGAUUUGACGACGGCAUAGAUGCGAAGGCUGCUCCUUUCCACCCUGUGGCGACUUUUCAGGUUCCCAAUGGCUGCAGUUUCCUUUCGCUGUCUCCAAAUGGUUUGAUGCUCUUCACAGCCAGUAAGAAAGGCGAUGUUCAAUACGUCUGGGACUUGAUGCAAUUGAAACAUUGCCGAGCAAUGGCUUUCAUGGCUGAAGACCAGGCUGGCCAAAGCCCGAAUGUGCGGCAGGUUGCACGAUACGCCCGGUUGACCACGUCCAGUAUAAUUGACGUCAUCUGGACUUCUCCCGUCGGGGAUAGACUGGCCAUCAUCACUCGCAAAGGCACAGUCCAUGUAUUUGAUCUGCCUCGAAGCGCAUUCCAGUGGCCUCCUUUCCGACGGGCUCGUCCUGCUGGGAAGAAGUCACCUAAUAUUGACCCAGUGGGAGAUGAUCUGGCCGGCCAAGGAGCCACCGCCAAUCCAUUGUCGGCGGCGAUGAAUUUUGUCGGAGGCAAGACGCAGCCGUUCUUCUCUGCUGUCAAAGGUCGUGUGCCGUCGUCUGGUACUGCAUUUCCAAAUAUGACUACAUUUGCAUUGCCAACUGCGGCGAGCAUCAAGGGUGGCAAGGUUGUGGCGGCAGGGCUGAGCAAAUCCAUGGGUGCAGCGGCUACAGGUACCGUUCGUACGCUUCGGCAUGUUGGAGAGAAUCGACUUCACCUGUCUGGCCUUUCCCGUGAUCCAGCUCCUUCUCGCGUCAUGUGGAUCUGCAGCAAAGGCCUCGUCUUCCUUGGCGUGGUGGAUGAUGGACACUUCAAAAUGUACCGCUUGAAGCAAAGCGCGAACACUCACAAAAACCGCCAGUUUCAUUCUGUGAUAGGUGGUAAAGAGAGUCAGUUCAAGCUCCCGGCCAAUUUUCACAAUGUUUGUGGGCCGGCACCUCUCCUGACAUAUGACCCGGAGCAGGUAGUCCAGGCGUUUUUGCUCUUGCCGUCUGCCAGCUCGCAGCCAUCUAACGCAGGGAAGGCUCUCUGCCAGCCGCUCUCACAGGCGGAGAUUGAGACGAACACACCAUACCAGCCUUUCCAUAGCGACCAGCGUGUGGGUCUUCACGUUUUUACUUCCGAGGCUACCGAUCCAACCGUGCUGGCUUCUCAUGAACAGUGGGUCUUUGGCAAUGACAUCCCGACGACCAAAGUACACGUCAGAUCGUAUAGCAACAGUACUGAUUGUCAGGAUGACGAUGAGGACGAAAUGGGCGCUAUCCACGGCCACUCCUUUGGUGCGGGUGGCGAUAUGGAAAACCUCAUCACUCUCGGUAACAGCACCGGUAACGUCGAGGAAGUGGUGAUCACCACUCGACGCAAGAAGAAGCAUUCCAUUCCACUCAAGGACGAUGGGUUCUUCGAAGAUGACUGCGAAGUCCUGGACUUUGCACGAGAUCGUGUCUAA